UUCUUCGAGGAGUGCGCCUUCGCGGCUUCAGUCUGCCGCAGCGUCUGUGGCUGCACGUCCUAAAGCAAUGGCGGCCGGUGGGAGCGAUCCUCGGGCUGGCGAUGUAGAAGAAGACGCUUCCCAGCUCAUCUUUCCCAAAGAGUUUGAGACGGCGGAGACGCUCCUGAACUCUGAGGUUCACAUGCUUCUGGAGCACCGGAAGCAGCAGAACGAGAGUGCAGAGGACGAACAGGAGCUUUCCGAGGUCUUCAUGAAAACCCUGAACUAUACAGCCCGUUUCAGCCGCUUCAAAAACAGAGAGACCAUUGCCAGCGUUCGGAGCUUGCUUCUCCAGAAAAAGCUACAUAAGUUUGAGUUGGCCUGUUUAGCCAAUCUUUGCCCUGAGACUGCUGAAGAGUCCAAAGCUCUGAUUCCAAGCCUUGAAGGGCGAUUUGAAGAUGAGGAACUGCAGCAGAUUCUUGAUGACAUCCAGACGAAGCGCAGCUUCCAGUACUAACCUCCAGGCGGCGCCACUCUGCUCCUUGGGCCGGCUCUACACAGCAACACCUCAGUCCCCACCCUGGGUGGGCCUCGCAGGAAUGUUGCUUCAGAAGACACUGGGACUUCUUUCAUAGUUUUUGCCUUACUGAGAUAGAAUGUCUUUCGUAGUUCUCAGAGUUGUAACAGUCCUGCCUCAGCCUCCCAAGUGCUGGGAUUACAGGUGCGAGCCAACACUUAGGGUGUGGCUUUUGGAGAGGAAAGCAAGGACAGCCGUGGGUGGUCAAGUGCUCUCUUCACCAUGACUAGUGGACCGUAACUGCCGUCAGUUCUCACUGCAGCCUCCCGCGUAAGGGCUGCUGUGGUCCCGUGUGCUGCAGGCCUGGGCUGGUGAGGAGGCUGAUGGUAAAACAUUUGUUGGAUACCUCUUACUGUGGUUUUUUGGACCCCAUGUUUUUAUUUUUUGUUCUUGACAUUUCAGUUUUUAAAUGUCAAUAUAUUUUGUAGUUUUUGAAGCUAAAAUGAUUUAUAAAAAACUUUGUAUAGUCGAGGAAUGUUUUUACUCUGUUGUAAAGGAGAUUACCUGCAAGUUCCCUGACCCCCACGCAUGAGCCAUGGAUGGAGGACCCCUCCCCAUAAACAAAUAAAUACAAUUCUUAAAAAAAAAAGUCAAAUAA